AAAGAUCCUACGGAUCGCCCAGACAAACAAAUGACGAAUAUUUAGUUGAAAUGUCAUGGAGUGUGAUAGUUCGGAUGAUGAUAUUACCUUUGGGAAUGCUGGCUAGAAAACAUGGUGUACAGACUAGUAACUUGCAAAAAAGGCACAGACAGAUUUUGUUCAAUACUUGUAACUACUCUUCGUUCCUGCAAUAAAGUCUGUUAUUUUUUUACCAUACGACGUGUGCAUUCUUUAUCUGGCGCUGCGAACAGGAUCGUUAUACGCCUUCGUGGAAAACAUCUGGAAGUUUGUUCGAGCCCAGCCAACCAUCAAGCUCUACCAGUCCAAUGCCUACCAAUUCGAGCGCUACUGAUGAACCCUCUGCUCAAAGCACCUCCGGUUUGCAAGGCACUUUUGAGCACAAUACUAUCAAUAUCCAAGAAAGCAUAGUUUCUGUUACACAAAAUAUGGCUUUUCAAAUGAAAUUCUUGAGCUUCCUAUCCAUUCUUUCAUUAAAUCAUAGGGAAAUAAAUAUCCUCAUUGAACAUUUGCAAACUUUAUACCAUAAAGAUCAUCUGUUAGAUUUUGAAACAAUGCACCCUUUUGAGAUACUGAAUCUUUGCGAACUAUCAAUUGUAACUUUGCGAAAUGAAUCAUAUUCGUAAUUCAUGUACCUCUUCUUGACCGUAAAAACUUACAGUGUUUUUGAAUUGUAUCCGUUAAUUAUAAGGAAUGAAUUAAUAAAGAUCCCAAGCAAUUUUACUUUGUAAUUUGAAGAAGAAAGAUUUU